UCAGCAAACCAUGACGUCAUGCUAAGCGAUCAACAAUAAAAUGUCUACUACGAAUCCCAAAAAAGCUUUGACCGCUCACUACGUCGCUUUUCUGCGUUCCAUCACCGAUCCUGGUCGGCUAGCGACGGCGCUCUACUCGGAGGGGCUCAUCGGCCCAGUGGUCCGGAACAAAGCGAAGCUGGUGACUGUGACGGAGUUGGAGCGGAGCCAAGAAUUGCUCUCAGUCGUGUGGCAGAAAGUAGCUAUAAAUGAGGAUGCUUUUUAUAAGCUUUUUAAGGUGAUCAGUCAAGAUCCCACAAUGGAGGAGUUGUGCUCUCUGCUAAAAAAGACAAUGGGUAAAGAGUGUACUUUAUGUAGCACUUUAUGUGUAUGUGGUACCCAAUUACACACACACGGACACAACACUGGGUCUUUGCAGUUUCAGUUUUUGUUAGUAGGCUUAUAUUAUUUCAGGGGGUCCAAAUGUUUCUUUACCAACUGAUUGCAAUACUUUGGUGGGCGGAUGGAGGCAUGAAAUGGUUAAUGGCUGUGUGGACGUCAGACUGCAGAUACCAGAAGAGGCUUGUGUCAAAGCUAUAAUAUUAGAGCUAGAUGCACACGUUGGUGGUAACAAAGAAUCUUCUAUUAACCCUACCAUUUUUAGAGACAAGUCACAGGUUGAGUGGCUUCCUUCUUCAGAUGGAUUUCAAACAUACUUCAAAGAACUUGAAUUAGAUUGUACUGAUGUUGGUGGUCUGGCAGCGGCUUUGUUCCAAAAAGGGAUGAUCGAUGAAAAAACCAACAACAGAGCUGUGUUUCCUCGUCUAUCACAAUAUGAACGUACCGGAGAACUACUUUCUGUUGUGCAACCAGUAGUGACCACUAGUGAGGAUGCUUAUGAUAUUUUUCUGGGGGUGAUCAGCCAAGAUCCAUCAUGGCAAUGCUACCAUUUGUUAACAAAGAGAAAAGUAAAAGUGGAUUCUAAUGGCAAUGCUUUGACGUGGAGAUGGCGAUACAAGGAUAAGACCAUAAAUGGGUGUGUGGAUAUUAAAUGCCAAAUUCCUGCAAACAUGUUGUCAGUGGUGUAAAGCUAAUGCUAUAUGGAUUUGGUGAUGGAUCCACUGUGAAUCCAACUUUUACCGUAAAUGGAAAACAGGUUGAAUCAUUCAAACUUUCUUUACCAGAGGAGACUACUAAUGGUGGAAUAUUAAAGACUGAAAAUAUAGUUUGUGUUGCAGUGUUCUCAAAGUUGGUCAUCAUUCUAUUGUUUUGUCCACUACCACAGCUAAAGUUUGAGUUGUUGGUCUGUGCUUUAACAAAAGCAGUACUUGAAGCAGCACUGGAAGACACUUUCAAUAAACUUGAGGAGACUGAGGAAGACAAAUAUUUGGGACAGACCACUCUUGAGAGAUCUGUGGCUGGCUCUGUAAUGAAUGCUCUCUUUAACUUCACUACAAAGUGUAUAUUUGACCCUAUAGCACUGACGCUUGCUGUUUCAAAUGGUGACAGAGAAGAAGUAAAAUUACUACUGUCAAAGGGAGCAGACCCAAAUGCAUCUCUUCCAUUGGUUGGGUUUACUCCCCUGAUGGAGGCUAGUCGACAGGGUAAUGUUGAAAUAGCAGGUUUGCUGCUGGACAAAGGAGCUGACCCUAACCGCACUAAACAGGAAGGCUGGACCGCACUAAUGGCGGCUACAAACAAUGGGCGAUAUGGUACAGUGGAUAUUCUGUUACAGAAAGGAGCAAACCCGGACAUGCAAGCCCACGGUGGCUGGUCAGCUCUGAUGGCUGCAGUGUACAAACAUCAUGAUGAGGUUGCCCUGAGGAUAAUCCAGGCUGGAGCAACUCCACACCUCCAGGAUGAGAACCACACCAAUGCUAUUCUUCUUGCCACUGCUACUAAUGAACAAGACAGAGUUGUGGAAGCUCUAUUGGAACGUGUGGAAGAUCCAUCUCAGUUGGACCUCCAGGACAGCGAUGGGGAAACUGUUCUCAUUUUUGCGUGUAAGAACAGGAACCUCAAACUUGUUAAACAACUACUUUCCAUGAAGGCUAAUCCAAACCUCUGCAAUAACCUUGGGGAAACCCCUGUCUUGAUUGCAACAAAAUGGGGUGAUACAGAAAUCGUACAGGAGCUCUUGGACAACUAUGCAGACCCAAAUAUGGGCAAUACACACCCACUGAUGGUAGCAAUCAACUUAGGCCGUAAAGAGAUUGCCAAGUUGCUAGUUGAUCGCGGAGCUAACAUCUACAAGGAACACGAGGGAGGUGUGCUAGCUUUUGAGAUGGCUGAGCUACGAAAUUUCACAGACUUGGCCAAGAGACUCAAUCCUCAACAGGUUGCCACGAGGACACCAAGAGAUGUUCUGAGGCUGACAAUAAAAUCCAUGGCCACAGUCCAGAAGCACCUCAGUUUAGGUCCACUCAUGUUCGUGAAAACUGACGAUAAGAAGGGCUGGCGGCUACCUGGUUUUCUACAGCAUAUGUUCCAAAGAACUCAUGUACAAUGACAUUUGGUUUUCUACACUAGAGUCACUAACUUUAUCGCAGGUGCAUAGUGUAGCUUUAUGCCAAUAUUGGCAAGUGGGGAGGUAACCC